UCAGCUCAGCUCAGAUCAGUUCAGUUCAGAGGAGAAGCGCAGCUCACUAUAAUACCGAACCUCAGCUCGCAGAGUACGAAUCGGGGACAGUGGUGCAGCAGUUGGAAUGUGCUGCUGCUGCGCAGGUCUGUGAUUUCUGGUCGCUGUACACGAGCUUGAAAUUGAUCUAGAAACUGUCGUCAGUGACCAGUCCCCAGUCACCAGCUUUUGCAAUUGCGCCACUUCUCCCAUCGCUCUCCGAGGCCGUCCGCCGGGGUGGUUAAUGCCAUUUUCGAAAUACGAUGGCGAGUACCUGGACCCGAAGUGGGCGCGAAUGAGGAGCAGGUUCAGGCCCAGCUAGCUCCCCCCACUCAAUCACUCCUCCCUCGCUCGCUCGCAGCCUCGCAGCCUCUCUCUCUGCCCGUGCCCUGGCGGCUUUUCCCCCACCCCUCACCUCAGCUGGCCCCGUAUCAGUCUCCCGUCCUGUUCGCGACUACAGUGGAGAGCAGCAGCGGCAAGUGGCGUACGUCCCGCAAUCGCCACUCGGGGGCCUCUUAAAGGCUAGCGAGCCGCCGUGGGACAAUACCGGUCGAGCGCAACGUACUGCUUUGAUGCUCGGUGACAAGAGCCCGAACUGAUUUGGUCUCAGAAGUCGAGCUCUCGAGUGGGCGAUGCCGGAAGCCGGGCCCAUGGAGCUGCAGCAAUCGGCCAGUUCGCUCUUCGGGUACUCGGAGUCUUGAGCUUGGGGCUGCGGGGGUGGGAAAUUGGAGCGAGCGAGAGAGUGGUGGAGAUCGUCUCUCGGGAGGAGAGCGUGAAUCUUUAGAGCUCCGAGGGGAUGAGAAGCAUUCAUGUCAGCUGACGGGUGUGCGUACGCUCGCUUCUCGUGCAGCGUCCGAGGAUGGAGACCGGCAACUGGGUGACGGGCACCGAGAGGUUCGAGUUCGAGUACCAGGGCCUCAUCAUCGGCCACAGGAAAUUCUACGGGAGCUGGCUGGCGGACGACUUGGACGCUUACGAUAAGUUCCGAGAGUGGGUCUACAAGACGGAGAAAUUCUUCUCGCUGGCCGAAGUGAGCGAGGAGCGGAAGAAGCUCUACUUCGCCGGCGUCCGAGGCCUGGCUGGCGGUGCGCGCCGCUGGUUCCUGUGGAACACUCAGGCUCGAGAGGGCACCAAGCAGUGCAUCAGUACGUGGGAUGAUCUUAAGGCAGGCCUGAAGAAGCGAUUCUUCUGCCCGCGAUUGUUGUACGAGAAAUCCCUGCUAGAAAUCAUCUCGAUCGUGCAGACUGGUAACAUCGAUGACUACUACUGGAAGUUCUUCAGACUGAGGCACAAUCUGGAUCUGUCCGAGAGGGCGCUCACCUGCCUGUUCACCAAGGGCUUGAAGCGCUGGCUGCGAGCUGAGACCAUUGACCUGAUGGUCGGGAAGGAUGAGCCUCUGGUGGAUGAUCUGUGGAAGCGGUGUAGAGUUCUGGAGAAUGGGCCCAAGGACCGCAAGGAUCGGAUGCUCGAGAACGAGCUCGUCAUCACCAAGGAUCUGAAACGCGAGGAGUUCGAGCUCAAGCUAGUCAUGACCAACGGCGUCACGGUGAAAAUUGAGAAGCUCGAGAAGUUCUCUGGCAGCAUUGCGCCCGACGACCUCGACGCCUACUGCAGGUUCCAGGAGUGGACCAAGCACAUGGAGAACUUCUUCUCCGUGGCCAAGAUUUUCGACGAGAAGAAGAAGCUGCUGGAGUGCAGCAAGAGUCUCGGCGGCGAGGCACGCCAGUGGUUCGCAUGGAGGCUCGCUCAAGCCAAGGAAGGCACCAACACGGGGCUCAGUACGUGGGAGCAGCUGAAGACCGGGCUGAGGCACCAAUUCUUCUCCGAGAGAGUGCUGUAUAAGAAAUCUCUGCUUAGAAUAAUCAGCCUUGAGCAGAUCGAGAGCAUUCACCAAAGCAUCGACCACUAUUACGAUGAGUUCGUCAUGCUCAGGAGCAAUCUCGACCUCUCCGAGCAGGCACUCACGUGGCUGUUCUUCAGAGGCUUGAGAGGCCCCCUCAAGGUCAAGAUGGAGGAGACGAUGGUCAGGGAGCAGGACAUCACUGUCGACUAUCUGUGGGAACGAGCGCGCGUGCUGGAAAGUAUCAUCAGCAGAACCCAAUCUAUAUACGGGAUGAUCGACGAUUGAUGACACCAAUUUCCAUACCCAGACGACAGUUACAAGAAUUUCCUUUAUCUAUCGGCAGAUGGUGAAAUCCGUUUGAAGGUGUCAGCUGCUGCUCGAGUAGCCCGAGGCGCAUUCAAUGUCGCUUAGAGAAAAAAGCUGCAGAGAUAACCAUUCGCUCCCCGGCUUCGUCUGAACUCGUGCCUGCUGUCAUGUACAGAGAGAGAGCCGUGUCGCCCCUCCCCCCCGAAGAUAGUAGAUUUGCACGAGACUGUACUUAGCUGAGGAAAGAAUCUGUCCUUGUACAUCCUUACUAGUUAUCAAAUGUAUGUUACAAAAUUCCUGCUGUGCGGAGAGAAUCUUAUUGUCAAGAUUGCCGUCUUCGAGAUUGAGUGGAAAUAGUCAUUUCCUACAGAAUCCUCGAGAAAGUUUUGAUGAGUGUUCACAUCACUCGACAUUCUUGUUUUCAAUAUUUCUCAUUCUUGUUUGACCCGCGGAGAGGUGUGGCUGGUCAGCCCCGUGGGUAGAGUUGUCGACACAUGGUCGACUACUAUUACGAGAUCGGAGAUGUAGCCACUGCCACUUCGCCGAGACCUUCUGUCUGAAUUCAGCCGCAUUCUAGUUAUGUGAAAUCUGAAUUUCGGAUUGAGACUGUUAAUUGUGGAGACCUUUGUUUUCAUAGCCGGAGGCUCAGAUCACCCCGCAAAUGUAAUAUUUGAAAUCAACCAUAGUCUGGACUUUAAAAUUUCAUGC